UCCAUCUCCGGACUAGCUGCUGCUGAGGAGGAGGCUGUUGGCCGCUGAGGUUUACCCGAUCUAGAGGCUCCGUUUCCCGGGCGGCUGGACUGGCCUCUGCCCCUCCCCCAGCUCUGGAUCCUCCGCAUCUCCCAUGGAGCCUCUACCCACACAGGGACAGACGCUGAGGCACUACACCGCCCUCAGACCGCGGCCACGGCGCACACGCACACAGCCCCCCUCAUCCAGGCCCCAGGACGUAAAGGCAGAGGCAGAAAAUGAAGCCAGUGAGGGCAUGGGCAGAGUGGAUGAGGGAGUUGAGGAGUUCUUUACCAAGAAAAUAAUUCCUGACUAUGCACUAAAAGGCCGGUGGGAGGAGUCAAACCCUGCCCAAGCCACUCCCUCAGAGUCCAGCUCCACCUCCUUAGCCCCAUUACCCCUUUCCCCCUCCUCAGACAGUGUCCCCUCCUGCCCCGAGAGCACCACGGUGUCCUCUGCCCCUGACCCGUCCACUGACACUCAGUCUGUCACACCCACAGAUGACAUCCCUCCCACACUCUCCAGCCCACCCUCUUCUCUCCCCCUGUCCAACACUAACACUACCAACACAUCCACUGCUCCCAAAAACAUUAAGAAAAAGUUUGGUGACUUUUUUGCCUUCAAGAGGGCCCGUGCAGGCAAGGCUGCCAAAGCUGGUGGGGGGGAGGGAGGUGGGGAGUCAGUGAAGGUCAAAAGGACCUCCAUUGCUGACCUGAUUCGGCCCCUGCGUGAGGCCAAGGACAGGGAGAGAGAACGGUAUAAGGAGAGAGGGGCCAAAUCAGUGGACGAUGUUAAUGUUUGUAAUGAUGCCGCCAUCACAGAAGGAAGUGCUGCCGUGGGGAUGCGUCUAGCAGGCGAAGGGAUGGAUGUGCUGAUGCCUGUCAAGACAUUGACCAUUACAACACCUUCCAAUGAGAGCGCCCCUACCCACCCCACGACCCCUGUCCCCUCUGCUCUCACACACACGGACCACACAGACGCAACAGUCAGUCAGCCUGAUCACCCCCCUGAGAUCAGGCCUGAGGGCACAGACCAGGGGGACACCAAAACCUCAGUGGAGAGGGCAUUAAGGACCAAGCGGUCUCUGCGAGAGGGCAAGAGCCAGAGUCUGAUCCUGCUGACUGGGGACGAGGACAGAGCACACAAAAAGAAAAAUGCACAGGAAAGCACCAGUAGUUUUGAACAGCGGCUUCAGGUGAUGCUACACAGAAUAAGUGUUGGAAGAAGCCCACCCCCAGACACUAAGAUGAACCAGAAUAAAGAAGAUGAGCUAAGAAAGGCUAACUCUGAAGGUGCAAUUUUGGACAAACCUGAUAGCCCUUCUUAUGUCAAGCCAAGAACUAUGUCCACCUCAGCAGCUGAGCGGAGAGAUCCUAAGAAAGUUGCCGACCCUGUGAGACCUUUGCUCCAUCCCAAACCGCCUGUCCCAGAGCGCCCUGUGUUGCCUAAACCUCCUGUGAGUGCAAAGCCCAUUUUGCCAGUCCCUGCUGCUGCUGCAGGAGGUUCCGUCAAAAUCAGAUCUCUCUCUGAAGAUGGCAAAGCUGCAGACAGUCCAGCGCAGAGUGAAAACCAGGAGAGCACCAGGGGGCCACCUCCAGCCACACUUCCCAAGACUGAGCUUUUUUCUCCAGCUUUACGAAAGAUUCCCAGUGCAGUAGAGCGCUCCGAAAAAGCACAGUCUGUAACUGAUGAAAGUCUGCCUAAGCCAAGGCCACAUUUAAAGCCACCUAUCCAACGCAGAGCAGUGUCGGCCCAUGAGGAUACACUGGCCAUGACGCAAGAGCUUAAGGCAGUGCUUCAGAGGUCACCAAUUCGUUUAUGUGGCAACAAAGGAGAGCUCCCCACCUGCAUUGAAGACAGUACAGCUGGAGAAGAAGCCCAAAGCCCACAAGAUGAUUCAGAAAAGCAGGAAUGUGAAAGAGAACAAACUGGAGUUGGAGCUAAGCCCAAAUCCCAAGAAAGAGAAGAUUCAAGUUGUGUGUCCUCUGCAACUCAGGGCCAAAAAGAGAAAUCCAAACUGCCGCACACGCCGGUUAGCCCUCCACCACAAGAUAAGAGUCCUACCCCUGCACUAUCAAAGACUGCUGAAAAACUGCAAAAAUACCCACAAUCGCAAGAAAAACUCUCAAUCUUAGCUUCAUCUGAAAUCUCAAAAGGUGCUCAUGUAUCUCCGCAAUCGGAUGCAAAGAAGAGUCCCAGCAUGCCUACAGGAGGAAAAGAAAGACAAGCUGAGGAUGUUUCAAAACAGCAUACAUCAAAUUCAGCUUCUGAUCUUUGAGGAAAAGAGAAGAAUAGAAAAGACUCAAGAUGCGCUGUGGUACCAUGCAUGACCACAGGGAGGCGUCACAGGGUCCAACUUACAGUAAGUCCUCCCUGGCCACUGUGUCUUGCUAAAGUGUCCUUAAAUCGGCACUAAAAUCAUGCAGGUUGGAAAUGGAUAGGUGUUGCAAUGUUCUUUCAGAAAGUCUCAGGAUAAAAUAUAAGUGUAGUCUGGAAGGUAAUAUCAAAUGUGAGAAACUACUUAUUCAAAUAUACAAGCCUGACUUUGGAGCAAUGGUCAGGUCAUCAGCUGACUUCCACAUUCUUGUUGAAGAGCUAUACCGGUUGGUCAAUACCAGAGAGUUACAAUACCACUAUAUUUUAAGACAGCUUAUUUAUAUUAGGGUAUGUGUGCAUCACUGAUUGCAAAAAGGACUUGAACAAUAAUGCACUUAGCGAGUUUUGUGUGAAUUAUUUCUCUGAUUUAAUCCUGUGCAUUUUUUGUCUGUGCCAUUAGCAGCUAGCAGUGUUUCCUCCUAGCCUUAUUUAAUACGUGAUUUGGCCUUAUUGAUUGGUGAUCAUUCAUAUUUACAGAAUAAAAUAUAAAUGCCACAUUUUAAUGCAACCUCUUAAUAUCAAACAUUAUUUUGGUAUUGAUUCAAUAUAAUAUCCUAUUUAUACGUGAAGCUUACAUACAGUUGAGAAUUUUAUAUCUGCUUGGCAUCACCCUAUUUAGAUGCUUGUUUUCAAUGUUGGGAAUGUGAGAACUACUAGAUCCUACAAUUUUUAAGUACUGUAUUUCAAACCUCAAUUUUAUAUUUGUUGAAUAUUUGUUUGAAUUUCCACAUUUUUUAUUGAUCAUUAUUUUCCAAUAAUCAGUUCAGCGGUUCAUCUUACCUCAUUGCCUCAUUUGUGUUUUGAUAACUAGAGUGAAUGUGCCAAAAUACCCAACUUUUCAGUUUCUUAAUUCAGAGGUCAUCAUAAAAGAAGUCUCUCUUAUAGCAUGAAGUGAUCCACAUACAUUUGCCUUGUGUUUUAUGCCAGAUGCCCUUCAUGGUGCAACCUUCUUUACACAUCCAGGAGUGGAAUAGGCACAAAGGUGGCUGCACAAUAUCAAAUAUUUAGGAUUUGGUCAGGACCAAGAGAUCAGUCUGAGGUUCUGAAUUUCAGAGUGUAUGUGUGGCUGAUGGUUCCAGACAGCACAAACAGUAAUAACUUACAACAGAAGAGUUUGUUUGCCUUAGCAGACGAGUGAGGAAUUAUUAAUAAUAUUUUGGAUACUAUAAGUGUAGAGACAUUUUGCAAACUCUUUUUAACAUCUCAUUUGAGUUGGUUAUUUUAUUGUAUUUUACUUGAAUUUAUGGUUUCAUUAAGCCUUCAAAUGUCUGCAUGUUUCUGCAAAAUUUCUGUGAAAGCACAUUCAAAUCCAUGCACCUUCAGUCGGUAGCACUCCAAAUCAAAUAUAAGAGCAAAUCUGAACAAUAUUUAUUUUAACCGGAGGCAUAAACUAUAUGAGAGGAUAAAGUGUGAAUAUGUCUUCAGUCUAUGAAACUCUCAGGGUGGUUGUGUGAAAUGUAUGGGUUUUGUAAGACCUCAGUUGUUGAGCCAUUUUGAGAGCUAAGCCUCCGUGUCAUCUUGAAGGAGAUUUUUUUUUUCUACUGUUGUCAUGUUUAUCCUUGCCUUGCACGCACAAAAUCUGUACAGACAAACACUACGUUAUGAGCAGAGUUCAAAUCUAUAACUGUACAUGUUUCAAAUAUUAAAUUUUCUUGUCAUAGUUCA